CCGGGCAUCCACGCAGGCGCGCGGUGCUUGGGCUUAGCUCCCCGGCGGGCAGCCGGGCGUUCUUCGGCUCCCUGAGUCAGGGUUGGGGGUCCCGCGGGUGCGGCGGCGGCAGCACCAUGUUCCUCCACUCCGUCAAUCUCUGGAACCUGGCGUUUUAUGCCCUCAUGGUCUUCAUGGCGACCCUGGGGCUGUGGGACGUCUUCUUCGGCUUUGAGGAAAACAAGUGCAGUAUGAGCUACAUGUUUGAGUAUCCGGAGUAUCAGAAAAUAGAACUUCCAAAGAAACUGGCAAAACGCUAUCCUGCAUAUGAAUUAUAUCUUUAUGGAGAAGGAUCCUAUGCUGAAGAACACAAAGCUCUCCCUUUAACGGGUAUUCCUGUUCUCUUUCUUCCCGGUAAUGCUGGAAGUUAUAAGCAAGUUCGUUCUAUUGGCUCUAUUGCACUUAGAAAAGCUGAAGACAUUGACUUCAAGUACCACUUUGAUUUCUUUAGUGUGAAUUUCAAUGAAGAACUGGUGGCGCUAUAUGGUGGAAGUCUUCAGAAGCAGACCAAGUUUGUGCAUGAAUGCAUUAAAACAAUUCUCAAGCUCUAUAAGGGUCAAGAAUUUGCUCCAACGAGUGUGGCAAUAAUUGGUCAUUCUAUGGGUGGCCUUGUUGCAAGAGCUUUGCUUACAUUGAAAAAUUUUAAGCAGGAUCUGAUCAAUCUUCUUAUUACACAAGCAACGCCUCAUGUUGCUCCUGUGAUGCCAUUAGAUCGUUUCAUUACAGAUUUUUAUAUGACUGUAAACAACUAUUGGAUUCUGAAUGCUAGACACAUAAAUUUAACCACGCUGUCUGUAGCUGGAGGAUUCCGGGAUUACCAAGUUCGUUCAGGACUGACUUUUCUACCAAAAUUAAGCCAUCAUACCAGUGCCUUAUCUGUUGUGAGUUCAGCAGUGCCUAAGACCUGGGUUUCAACAGACCACCUCUCCAUUGUAUGGUGUAAACAAUUACAAUUGACUACAAUUCGAGCAUUCUUUGAUCUUAUUGAUGCUGAUACUAAACAAAUAACUCAAAAUCCCAAGAAGAAAUUGUCGGUUUUGAAUCACCACUUCAUAAGACACCCAGCAAAACACUUUGAGGAAAAUCCAUCAAUAAUUUCUGACUUAACAGGGACAUCUGUGUGGGUUCCAGUAAAAGUGUCCAAAUGGACCUAUGUGGCUUACAAUGAAUCUGAUAAGAUAUAUUUUACAUUUCCCCUUGCAAAUCAUAGAAAAAUCUACACUCAUGUCUAUUGUCAGAGUACCAUGCUGGAUACAAAUAGCUGGAUUUUUGGCUGCAUAAACAGCACUUCUAUGUGCCGGCAAGGGGUUGAUUUAUCAUGGAAAGCUGAACUGCUGCCAACAAUUAAGUCUCUGACGUUAAGACUUCAAGACUAUCCAUCUUUGUCUCAUCUUGUUGUUUACGUACCAUCUAUUCAUGGAAGUAAGUUUGUUGUAGAUUGUGAAUUCUUUAAAAAAGAGACAAGAUCCAUACAGCUUCCUGUAACUCAUCUUUUUUCCUUUGGAUUGUCUUCAAGGAAAGUGAUAUUAAAUACAAGUGGCCUGUUCUAUAAUAUAGAGCUUCUGAACUUUGGACAGAUAUACCAAGCUUUUAAAAUCAACGUCGUAAGCAAGUGCUCAGGAGUGAAAGAAGAAAUUACUAGUAUCUAUAAACUUCAUAUUCCCUGGUCUUAUGAAGAUUCACUAACCAUUGCACAGGUUCCAUCUGCUACAGAAAUUUCUGUGAAACUCCAUAUUGCUCAACCAGAAAAUGACAGCCAUGUAGCAUUAUUAAAAAUGUAUACAUCAUCAGACUGUCAGUAUGAGGUGACAGUUAAGACUUCCUUUUCACAAAUACUUGGACAGGUAGUUAGAUUUCAUGGUGGAGCUCUUCCUGCCUAUGUUAUAUCCAGUAUCCUUCUUGCUUAUGGAGGACAAUUAUACUCUCUUUUCUCAACAGGUCACUGCUUAGAAUAUGCUACUAUGUUGGAUAAAGAAGCCAAACCAUACAAAGUUGAUCCUUUUGUAAUUAUGGUUAAGUUUCUGUUGGGAUACAAGUGGUUUAAAGAAUUUUGGGAUAUGUUAUUGUUACCAGAAUUAGAUGCCAUCGUUUUAACUAGUCAGAGUAUGUGUUUCCCCCUUGUAUCGUUGAUUCUUUUUCUGUUUGGAACAUGUACUGCCUAUUGGGGUGGACUACUCUCUUCUAUGUCUGUGAGACUCCUUUCUUCAUUGUGGCUGACUUUGAAAAGGCCCUCUGAACUUCCUAAAGAUAUCAAGAUAAUAUCACCAGACUUGCCCAUUUUGACAGUUGUUUUGAUCAUAGUUAGUUGGACAACUUGUGGAGCAUUUGCCAUCCUUCUUACUUAUCUUUACUAUGUGUUUAAGAUUGUUCAUCUGCAAGCCAGCUUAACAACUUUUAAAAAUAGCCAGACUGUGAACCCCAAACACUCUAGAAGAAGUGAAAAAAAAUCCAAUCACCAUAAAGACUCUACAGUACACCAUCUCCGUUUAUCUGCCAGUGAUGCUGAAGAUAGUCUUCGCAUGCACAGUACUGUGAUUAACUUAUUAACAUGGAUUGUAUUACUCAGCAUGCCAUCUUUAAUUUAUUGGCUGAAGAAUCUUAGGUAUUACUUUAAACUUAAUCCUGAUCCAUGUAAACCUUUGGCAUUUAUCCUUAUUCCAACUAUGGCAGUUCUUGGAAAUACUUACACUGCUUCAAUAAAAUCAAGUAAAUUGUUGAAGACUACUUCACAGUUUCCACUUCCUCUGGCUGUUGGUGUGAUUGCUUUUGGGUCAGCACACUUAUACAGGGUUCCAUGCUUUGUCUUCAUUCCUCUUUUACUCCAUGCAUUAUGCAACUUUAUGUAAGAUUGGAUUUAAGGAAUGAUAAAGAUCAGUUAUGCCUUUAGGUCCAGUAAUAAGAGGGAACACACAGAUCCAUCAGUGUGGACAGCAAGAUCCUUUGGAGAAGACAGGUCUAUUUUUACAAUGUUGAAAAUAGGAAAUUAGUUUUGUAAUGCUUGAGGAAAGUAGUUGAAGCAUGGUUUUGUUUUGUGGUAUGACAUCUGUGUACUAGUCAUUAUGAAAAAUCAGUAAAAGGAUAUGGUAGCCUCUGUCUUUGAGGACUCUGCAUAUCAGCUAGUCUGCUUGAUUGGCCAUACCAAGAUCUUCUCCUAAACACUCAGUAAAUGUAGCAUUGUUUGUAUCCUCACCUCAAGUAUUCUCAUUUCGUCAAACUUUCUUCUGAAAAGUGGGUUACUUUGUAUUUGCUACAGUAUACAUGUUGAAAAAUAAGUCUUAAAAGAUUAAUGAAAUUUAAACUGUUUGCUUUCUCAGAAAUGAAAUAGCCACAGUCUUUAGUCAGUUUUUGGCAGCCAUAGUGAACAAAAUAGAUCUUUUGUUUUCUUACACCUAUGAAAAUACAACUUUAAAUUCUAAGGAGACAUGUUUUCUUGGUAACCAGCAAGAUUGAUGAAUGGAAACGUAAUUCAGAUUCAAAACUCAAUGAAAUUUUCUUGUUUCUUUUCAAAUAAGAAUCUUAUUUUGUAUUCUUAGUGAAUAUCAGGAGACUACUGAAGAGAUGUAUUGCUAAAAUUUGAAAAAAAUUUUCAUAGAUAUUUACUUAUAGACAUUGGAGCAGUUCAGUCAUUCAGUCUUUACCAUUUUAUUCAAUUCACUGACCCCAUGGUUGUCAAAAGUGCCUAGGGUCAUGGUGGGUUGUUAAAAUAACUAAAUUCCAGUGGUCAGAAAAUACUCUACAUUGGCACAAUUUUUAUUUACUAUGUAAAGAAAAUCAGCAUGAUGAAGUGCAGUACCACAUUUAAUGUAUAAAAUUAUACUAUUAAUGGAAUAACAGUGGAAAAACUGUUACCCCAUUAAUAGCAUAAGUAUAAACAAUGAAUACCUGAAUAAGUUGGAGUGUUUAGCCACUAGGUUUAAUAGUGGAAUCUUAAUUUGCCAAGGUGAUUACUAUUUGACAGAUAGAGAGUAAUAUUUAUAUUUCAUUUCACAUUUCAGCUCACUUUUUGGAAGUAGGUAAUGGAGCUAGGUAUCUUCACCUUAAGAUAGAAUUAACUCAAGGCUGGGGUAUACCUGAGUGAUAGAGCCCUUCCUUUAGAUGUGUAUGCUGUAAAUACCCCAAACCUUGCAAGUAUAGUCCUUAAGUCCCAGUAACUCCACAGUUGUACCUGUGAACUUGUGUCCUUGUUAGUGCCCAGGGAUGUCCUAGAGUACCAGGUUCAUUUUACGUGCCAUUGCAUCUGGAUUCCAUUACAACCUCUCAGUUGUUACUGCCUAUUAGAAGGUUACUCCCACUUUACUGCCUGUAGAGGGUUACCUCACUUCUUUUCUCAUUUGUUCUUCGGGUUCUUGCUGUUUCAUCAUCAGUUGAAGAUGGUCUUGCUAUCAUCUCUGAGAGUUUUAAGUUUGUUUGAUUCCAUUGUUGUCUUUUCCAGCUUCAUGUUCAGUGUUCAUAUUUUCACUUAUGAGAUCGUGAAAGAUAAGUGAUAACCUCAUAGUAGACAUGGCAGGCAUACCAGGCUCUUGUUUGUUUGAUAGAAGCAGCAAAAGGGAUAAAAUACAGAAUGCUUGUGUGUUCAAACCUGAAAGGAAAGAGAACUUACCAGAUUAUAUAUGCACUUUCCCAUGGCAUACCACAUAUAUAUUUAAACAAGGACACAUCUGCCUAGGUUUAGCUUAUACAUAUACUCAUAACAACUUUUGUACAUAUGGUGUUGUAUUUCAAGUUUUCACCCAUAUGUAGUUGCAUUUCAAGUUACAGGUUAACUAUGUCAUUUAACUAUUUCUGAAUUUGAACUUAGGUCCAUAUACAGAACUUAAGAAAAUUCAUUAAUUUGAAUCUUCUAUUGACAGCCAUAAUCAAUGUGUUGAGAUGAUCUAAAGUCUCCUUGUUUAGUCAUUCCUGCUCUUGAAUAAAAUGUAACAAGCUUAAAUUUCUCAUUUGUGAGUAGUACAUUAGCUUUUUAAAGCAGCAGACUAGGCACAUUAGUUUCCAUGAAAAUAAUUUCAUGUGAGUGUCAUUAUCAUCAAGUCCUAAAGUCUUAUUUAUUCCAACAAAAUAUUUUAUUUUAGGACUACAAAAAGGAUUCUCAUUAAACAUGUUAUAAACAGCAGUAGUUUGGGGUUUUUUUACAUAUAUUUAAUAUUAUAUGUAUACACACACACACACACACAUUUUGACAGAGUCUUCAUCAAGUCCUAAUGCACUUUAAAACCAAAUAACUACCAGAGAUGAGAAAGUAGGCUCUGUCUGAAGAUUAACAAAACUGAUGUUUCUAUCACUUGACAAAAGGAAAGUCCUUUGUCUUUAUUUAUUUUUUUUAAAAUAAAUUUAUUUAUUUAUUUAUUUUUGGCUGCAUUGGGUCUUCGUUGCUGCACGCGGCUUUCUUUAGUUGCGUCGAGCAAGGGCUGCUCUUCCUUGCGGUGCACGGGCUUCUCAUUGCAGUGGCUUCUCUUGUUGCGCAGCACAGGCUCUAGGCGCGCGGGCUUCAGUAGUUGUGGCACGCAGGCUCAGUAGUUGUGGCUCGCGGGCUGUAGAGCACAGGCUCAGUAGUUGUGGCUCACGGGCUUAGUUGCUCCGCGGCAUGUGGGAUCUUCCCAGACCAGGGCUCAAACCCGUGUCCCCUGCAUUGGCAGGCGGGUUCUUAACCACUGCGCCACCAGGGAAGCCCCCCUUGUCUUUAAAUUCACAUUAUUUCAACCAUGCCUACAAUCUAUAUUAUUAGCUGGCAAAACAACACAGGUUUAUCAGAAAUGUUACCAAAAAUGAAAUUAUUCAUUGGCAGUUAGGGAUUAUCUAAUUUAGCAAACUUCUGAGCUCUGUUGUUACGACAUUUUUAUUUAGAUUUUGGUUUUUGAGUUUUGAGUAAGGUUUGAACUUAUAAAAAUUACUCCUGGAUCCUAUUGUUGAUACCUAGACCAAAUAUAGACUGGACAGGGCAAACAGCGAGUACUUUCAGUGUCUCUAAAGAGUCCUCUGGAGUUACUACUAUUAUAAUUUGGAACAGAUAAUAUGAUAGAAAUCAUUAAUGCUCUCUUUUCUUUAUCUUUUUCAUGUUGGAAAUUACACAGGUUCUGCUAGUUCUUUUCUUGGUUGUCACCAGAAUGAAAGUAUUUAAAACAGUAGUCCUAAAAAAAAAACAUUUGUGCCUGGUUAACACUGAUUUUGAGUCUCUUCAAUAUAUAUAUUGAUCAUGUGUUAAUUAAUCUUUAAUUUUUUUCAUAUUUUGCUCAUAAAUUCAGAUGUAUAUAAUGGAAUACGUUUUCUUGUUUGAACUACACUAUAAUAUCUGCAUGAUUAUACAGUAAGGAAAAGAAAUAAAGAACUAUAGUAGGCCUAGUAAAUGUUUGUUGUUGAUUAUCCUGUCACUCAUGCAGAUGGUACACAUUUCCACCAUACACUCAUACUUACAUGAGGCAGAUUGUCUGAUUUGUUCAUUAUCUAGUUCCCAUUCUUUUCUAAACUCUUCAGACUUUUCACUUAUAGCAUAGUGUAUUCUUUUUACCUCACUGCUUAUUAGCAUCUCUUACAGAAGGUGGUCAAGGGAAAUAAAACUCAAUAAAAGGUAAAGCUCAAUUUUCAGUUUAUUGAGAGCUCUGGGGAAAUGGGGUAAACACGAAGAUGAUGAGAUAAACUAGGGCUGUUGAUUCCCAAAUCCCCAGGCAAUUCAAUUAGCCUGUAUUUUCGUCUUAAGCGUUAGGUAUAAAUUAGUGUAGUAUCUUGCUUUAUUAUGAGGUUUAGUGCAAAACCUUGCAGUGCUGCAUUUGCAAUUUUUUAGGAACUUGUUAUGAAAAUCAGUUGGGAAAAAAUUUUUUAAUGUGUUGGGACCUUCUAUGACUAAGGCAUUUGUUGAUUAUUUUUCAUCAUCACUUUUUGUUUUCUCUGUGUUUUAUUUUUAUAAAUUUAUUUUAUUUAUUUAUUUUUGGUUGCGUUGGGUCUUUGUUGCUAUGUGCGGGCUUUCUCUAGUUGCAGCGAGUGGGGGCUACUCUUUGUUGCGGUGCACGGGCUUCUCAUUGCAGUGGCUUCUCUUGUUGCAGAGCAUGGGCUCUAGGCACGCAGGCUUCAGUAGUUGUGGCUCAUGGGCUCUAGGCACGCAGGCUUAAGUAGUUGUGGCUCAUGGGCUCUAGGCACGCAGGCUUCAGUAGUUGUGGCUCACAGGCUCUAGAGCACAGGCUCAGUAGUUGUGGCACACGGGCUUAGUUGCUCUGCGGCAUGUGGGAUCUUCCCGGACCAGGGAUCGAACCUCUGUCCCCUGCAUUGGCAGGCGGAUUCUUAACCACUGCGCCACCAGGGAAGCCCUUCUCUGUGUUUUAGAUUUGUGAAAUUACAGGAAACAAGAUACCUUGUGUAGUUUGUGGGGGGGUCAAUUUGGAGAGUAUAGCACUCCCCAGGAAAAAGGAAGCAAUAAAAGUAUCUUUGUAUUAUGAAAUUAGACUCAGACAGAAAACUUCUUGCCACAUAAGGUAAAUGUAGAGGAUACUAUUACAAAAUAGUAAGAUGAUUGGGAGCUGAAAUUUUAUUUGUCUUUUUGAACAAAGAACAUUUCCAGUUCUGUAAUGAACUUUUACUUACACAUUAUUAAUCAUGCAUUCUUUCACAAUAUAUUUUAACAGCCUGAGGAAAUAGAAAGUUUGUGAGGCUACUCACAUUCUUUACUUUUAAUAAGGAUAAUAGGAAAGAAAAGUCAGACCCGUAAUCCAAAUCCGAGUAUGUAUACUCUUAAAUGCUCAAGAAUUCACAUUUUUGAUAAAUAAUUUAUAUUAUGAAUACAGACGACUGAAUUUUAUAAUUAAUAACUUAGUCUUAAGAAUGGAAUAAAAUUUGGAAAUAAUGAGAAUAAACUGUUAUUUAAUUUAUAGUAGAAAUGUAACAGUACCCCUGAAUUGAUAAUGUUGCUUUCAAAAGUUAGAUGAUAUUCUGAGCUAUAUCUUGAUUACAUUGUCUGUAGUUGAAAAAUUUUAAAUCAAAUACAGUACUUUCUAAAAGUGUUUGGCAUGUUACGUUGCCAAAAAUGACUGUUUUAAAAUACCAAGUAACCAGUUAAUUUCUGAUGACUUUGUAUAGGACUUGAUAUAUGUGAGUCAGAUUUAUUCUGUACUCAUUCUGUACAUUGUAACUUUGAACACUUAUGAAAAACUGUAUCUGUUGAUGUAGUUUUAUUAGUUAGUGUAAAUUUGUUUGCAUAUUUGAACAUUAAUCUUAGUUUAGGAAAUCUAAACCUAACCAUUUUUGUAAGGUUCAUAUGCUAUUUUUUUUUAGUGUUAUCUUGGUUUUUAGUAUUUAUAUAGUAGAAAUGUUACUAGUAAAAAUUUGUAGACAAAGCAUAGAACUAUUAACUGUUCAAAAGCCUAAGUGUUAGGCAUAUUUUGUAUUUCAUGUUGCACUUGUUUUGUUUCAUAUAGGACUUUUUACAUCCCUUUUUUAGGAAAAAAAAAAAAGAUGCGUCCGAAUUUUUUUUAGCAUAAAACUCUACAUUGGAAAAUAGAACUGUUUUCAUAUGGUUAGCAAAAAUACACUUUGCCACCAAAGCUAAAUGAAACUGUAAAAUACCUCCAGAUAUUUGUGCCAAUGAACUUUUCUUACCAUAUUGGGAUUAAAGCAAAAAUAAUCUUUUCAGUAUUUUUCUUCUAGGACUUAUAUUAAAUACACAUAAUCAAAACUUAUAUUCCAUAUCCUAAUUUUUCUUUCAAAAUAUGUAAAGCUUAUAGCAUAGUGUAUUCUAUUUUGUCUGAUUUCUGGAAUAGUGUUUUCUGGUUUUAUUGGGUGAAAGUUAGUUUACCCAAUAAUGAUCUUUCAGUAAUUAGUUGAAGAAAUCAUUUAGGUAAUCUUGCUUCAGAUUCAUUCUGUAAAACUUUAAAUUCUGUUGCCCAGAUCAUUUUUAGUACAGGUGUCUCUCAUUUAUGUAAUAGAAAGUUUAUUGUGGAAUUUCUAUUGUUUUCUGUGUGUUUCCAUUCAGUCCCUCUAUACAGUCACAUGUUUCAUAGGGGAGAAUUAUCCACUAGAACUUAACAUAAUACAAUGAAAUAAACAUUGUAAAAUGCAUCUUAAAGGAAAAUAUAAGAACAAGAUGUUAAUGCUAAAAUGUUAACAUUGAUGUGGUAGUGUACUCAUGAGAGAAAGCAGAAAUAUGAUAGAUUCAGAAACUGUUGUGUUUAUAUGGUUGACAUUCUUUAAUUUCUCUCCUACAGAAAUUUUCAGAGGGAAUUUCAGUCCCUCAUAUUAUGUUUUUUCCCAUAAUUUAAUGUCACUUAACUGUUUCUCUGCCCAGUCAUGUUGAUGUAGUUUGCAUAAGUAGCCUUGGAAGUAAAGAGACAGAAGAGAAAGCCAAAUAUUAAAAUGUUUGGCCUUGAUUUAGUUACAGUUUAUCCAACUAUCUGGUAGGGACAUGGAUGAUAUUAAUAAAAAGAUGAUAUACAAGACCUAAAAAUUCAGUGAACAUUAUUUUUGGAAUGAGUUUGUCCUUUGUGUUGAAUAAUUUUAUCCUAAGUAGGAAAUGCCUGUAUUUAACAUAACCAUGCUUUCUACAUAAUCAGAUAAUGUAUUUGUUGGAAUAUUGGUAGAAAUAAUCUUCUCUGCCUCCACUAUGGAAGGGGAAAAAUCCAAUUUUUAGUGUAUAUAAAUUAGGAAAUUGUAUUGUGUAUUUACAUUUUUAAAACUAAAAAUGACUUAGAUAUAUUAUUUUGAAGUGAUUGUAUUACCAUUUCUUAAACUUAUGACUAACUAUAAAUGUAGCAACAUACCCAUGAGAAACCAGACCAAAAUUGAAUGCAUAUUUUCACUGUGACCUUGAACUUAUAGUUGUUUGGGAUAAAACAGACUGUGCCUUAAAAUGAUGAAGGAAUGCCCUGCAAUUUUAUAACUAUAUAUUUAUUAUGGGUGGUCUUCUCAAAUUGGCCCUAAAUUCUUUUCUUUGAGGUUGGUGAAGUAAAAAUUUUAAAUAAAAGUUCAUCAGUAUUUCCCUUAGUAUCUGCUGAACUAUUGCUCUAGAGGCCUCCUUUAAUUUCCACAGUUCCCAUUUCAGAUUAAAAUUGAUUUACACUUCAUAGGUGUAGAAAAUUAAGUUUGGUUAAAGUUUCUGAAAAUAAAUUUAUUUUAGGAGAAGGUGCUGGCACUUCUGAACUUAUUACACAUGGAAAAAUUAAUCUUCAAAUGUAAUUUUUUGUCUUUUUAGUGAAUACUCUAUCAAAAACAUGAAUUCUUCCCUAAAACCUGUACUUACUGUUCCUCAGAUUAUUGAGACUUGUAUUUGUAUAUCAAAUAAAGUUAAUUUAGUCAAUAAUAAUUUCUCAGUAGUUAAAUAUAAACUCACAUUCAUGUAUAUUUUUAAACAUUUUCCCUUUUACUUUUUCCUUCCUAAUUAUUUUUAAGGUAUCAAGAGAGAACUGGCUCCAGAUUUUUGUGGGUUUUUCUUUUAAUGUAAAGACUGACAUUUUUACUGUGCUUAUUUAAAAUAACGUAAUUUCUAUCAAAACAAAUUAUUCCAUUCAUAGGACAUUCAUGGUCUUGGCCAAAAGAUGUCCACAUCUCUGUGUGGCAUCUCAGAAUUUUUUUGUAUAUUUUUCAAUUUCAAUUUUGAACAUAAAAUCUACACUUUUCUUUCUUCUCAUUUUACCUCCACUGCCUCCCAUCAAAGACAAAAAUAUAGGUUUCUCUAAAAGUAUGUAGAAAGAAAACAUGUCUUUCCUUAAAGCAUGGUCAAAAUGAGAUGGAAAUAGUUUGGGGAAGUGUAUGUAAUACAAUAAAAUACAUGGCUGUCAACUCGCAUCAGUUUCUAUAUUAUAGUGAAAAGUUUAUGGAAGACAAACUAUGUGUUUUACUGAGACAGACUCAGUAAUCAUUUAUUUGCAAAUCAAUAAUUUUACUCUCAUCCGGAAAAUGCAGUGCAUAGUAAUUAUACUUAACAGUGCAAAACAAUUUCUCCUAUAGUAUAUACUGAAAAAUGAUUGUCACCUUGCAGAUUUUUCUUUUUAAACAUGCAUGAUCUUCUCCAGUACUUUGUACAAUGUAUGGUAUACUAAAUACAUUUAUGUGUAAUUUUGUGUGUAUUUUUUUAUGGUAUAAUUAACUUUAUUACAUUUAAGUGGUUGUAAUGCACAAAAAAGUGCUAUUUAUUGUACUCCGUAGAGUGUUGUGAAUGUUUUUAUCUGUGUUUCAGCAUUAUGGUGUAGGGUUUAAUAGAUGAAUAUUUGCCUUCAGUCUCCACUCAGGUAUUAAUGUGUAGCAAUUUUUGGUGCUUUCUUUUUUAUCUGUCAUAAUCUGGUGUUCAGAAUGUUCAACAAUAAAUUUGGUGAACAAGA